UUCCGGGAGCAGGUUGUGGGUUUGGCCUAGCAGAGGAGCCCCCGCCAGUGUUCCACGUGCUGUGAAUUGUGCUGCUGGGAGCAGUGAAGGGGCCAUGGAGGAGCUGGGAAGACAUCCCAUGAAUGCAGUGACCUAUGAUGAUGUACAUAUCGACUUUACUUGGGGAGAAUGGGCUUUGCUGGAUCCUUCCCAGAAGAAUCUCUACAAAGAUGUUAUGCUGGAGACCUACAGGAACCUCACUACCAUAGGGUACAGUUGGGAAGACCAUAAUAUUGAAGACCAUUGUCAAAGUUCUAGAAGACAUGAAAGGUCCAUCAUAUGUCACUUUGGAUAUAAGCCAUAUGAGCAUAGGGAUAUGGGCAGAAGUAAUAUACCUCUCAGAAAAAUUAGAAGGCAUGAAAGAGGUCAUACUGAAGAGAAACCUGUGUAUACUAAAUGUGAUAAAGCUUUUGUACAUGACAGUCAUCUUCAAAGGCAUGAAAGAACACAUACUGGAGAGAAACCCUAUGAAGAUAAUCAAUGUGGGAAAGCCUUUGGAUCUCAUAAUACUCUUCAAAUGAAUAAAAUAACACAUACUAGAAAGAAACCCUAUAUAUGUAAUCAGUGUGGUAAAGACUUUGUACAACACAGUCAUCUUCAAAGACAUAAAAGAACACAUACUGGAGAGAAACCCUAUGAAUGUAAUCAUUGUGGUAAAGCCUUUGAAUGGCACAGUACUCUUAAAAAGCAUAAAAUAAUACAUACUGGAGAGAAACCCUUUGAAUGUAAUCAAUGUGGUAAAGCCUUUAAACGUCAGGAUGCUCUUCAAAUGCAUAAAAGAACACAUACUGGAGAGAAACCCUAUGAAUGCAAUCAAUGUGGUAAAGCCUUCACUCGUAACAAUGCUCUUGAAAUCCAUAAAAGAGCACAUACUGGAGAGAAACCCUAUGAAUGCAAUCAGUGUGGUAAAGCCUUUGUACAACACAUUAGUCUUCAAAUACAUGAAAGAAUACAUACUGGAGAGAAACCCUAUGAAUGCAAUCAAUGUGGUAAAGCCUUUUCUCAUCAUAGUUAUCUCCAAAUGCAUGAAAGAACACAUACUGGAGAGAAACCCUAUGAAUGUGAUCAAUGUGGUAAAACCUUUGUACAACACCAUAAUCUUCAAACACAUUUAAGUAUGCAUACUGGAAAGAAACCCUAUGAAUGUAGUCUUUGUGAUAAAGCCUUUUCUCAUUACAGUUAUCUCCAAAUGCAUAAAAGAACACAUAAUGGAGAGAAACCCCAUGAAUGUAAUCAAUGUGGUAAAGCCUUUGCACGUCACAAGGAUCUCCAAAUACAUAAAAGAACACAUACUGGUGAGAAACCCUAUGAAUGUAAUCUAUGCAAUAAAGCCUUUGUACAACGCAGCCAUCUUCAAAGGCAUAAAAGAACACAUACUGGAGAGAAACCCUAUAAAUGUAAUGAGUGUGGUAAAGCCUUUUCUAAUCACAGUUAUCUCCAAGUGCAUAAAAGAACACAUAAUGGAGAGAAACCCUACAAAUGUAAUCAAUGUGAUAAAGCCUUUGCAUGUCACAGGGAUCUCCAAAUACAUAGAAGAACACAUACUGGAGAGAAAUCCUGUGAAUGUAAUCUAUGUGGUAAAGCCUUUGUACAACACAGUCAUCUUCAAAGGCAUAAAAGAACACAUACUGAAGAGAAGCCCUAUGAGUGUAAUCAAUGAGGUAAAGCCUUUACUUGUAACAAUGCUCUUGAAAUGCAUGAAAGAAUACAUACUGGAGAGAAACCCUAUGGAUGUCAUCAGUGUAGUAAAGCCUUUGCCUGUAUCAGUAGUCUUUGAAAUCAUGAGAAAAAUUCAUACUGCAGAUAAACCCUAAAAAUAUAGUCAGUGUAGUAAAGUUUUGCAAUUUAUAGAGUAGAUCUUUUUGAGUGUAAUCCAUCUGUUAGAGCCUUUGCGUAUUAUAUAGACUGAGUACUUGUAGUGAGUACAUUCAAAGUAUUUGAUAAAAUCUUUAUCCAAGACACUUGCAUUCAGUUACUCAAGAGUAUUUAUGCUGUACAAAAUAAUUUGACAGUGUCAGUAAUCUUUUCAAACUUUAUGAUGUCUAUUUUAAUAUUGUUUACCCCUGCAGACUCAUGGAAAAAUAUGAUUUAUGAAGCCCUAUUUAUAGGGUAAAAUGGCAAGCUAAAGAAAGACACUCUGAUCCUGAAACCUGAGCCAAUGAAAGACACACACUCUACCCCUGACCAAGUGAGCAUGGAAUCAACCAAUCAAUUAGCAGAAAAACAAACCAGUCCCUAAGCAUGAAAUCAACUGUCACUGAGCACAAAAUCCAGCCUAUCUCUGAGCUUCUUCAAUUUCAGGGAUUGAAAUCUGACCAAUUCUUAUGCUGAAAAAUCUCCCUGAAAAAAACUCAACCCCUAAAAAGCACCAUACAAGCUCUGUGCCUGUUCAGUUUGGAUCACUUUGCCAGAGGCAGCCACUCUCCUGGGCUCUCCCUCCCAAAUGAAUCUCUUGAAUAAGUUUUGUAUGCAGAUCUUCUUUUGCCAGAGUUGAGUAGAAUCUCUGCUGAGGAACUCCCUAGUUGGAGCAGAGCAGAGAAUCAAUGGACACCUCUGCUGGGAAACUUCCUAGUGGAGUGGAGCAGAGAAGCAACAGGCAUCUCUGCUUGGUAUGUCCCUGGGAAUAGAGCAGAGAAGCAACAGAUAACUCUGCUGGGAAACUCCAUUAAGGGAGGAGAGCAGAGUUGGCAACUUUUAACCAGAGCCAGAACAGACUGCUAACAUUUCUUCUGGGUUUCCCCCUUACUUAAGUGAAGCAGAGAAAUAACAAUCAGGUCCAGAAUUCAGAAGAAAUGGACAACUGUGCUGGGAAACUCUUUGUGGAGUGCAGCAGAGAAGUGAUGGACAACUCUCCUGGGAAACACCCUUAGGGAAGUGGAGCAGAGCAGCAAUGGAUGUCUCCACUGGAAAGCUAAGCUCUCUUAGCAGAGUGGUGAGGAGCCCCCCUGUAACGGCUCCCUCUCAGAGAGGAGCAGGAUAACCACAUACUGAGGGGAAACCAGUCCCCACUGGAACAUAGCUUUGGGUGUAGCCUGACUUCCAGACAGUCAGCAUUUCUUAUUCCUCACUGCUUUAGGUAUCCAGGGUACCUUUCUUUUCAGAGCUGUAGGUAUCCAGGGUACCCUUUCUCCACAGCUUAUGGUAUAGCCUGACUUCCCAAUAAUUAGAAUACCUUUCUCCUCACAGCUGUAGAUAUCCAGGAUACGUUCCUUUCACAGCUGUAGGUACAGCCUGACUUCUGACAGUCAGGGUACCUUUCUCUCCAGAGCUUGAACUCUUGUAUUAUAAAUUUAAAUGUUAAUGUAACUCUUUCAGAUUUUAUAUUUCUCUUUAAUUCCAUUAAAUAAGUAAGGUGUAAAACUA